AUGGUUCGAAACAUCGUCGUCCUGGGAGGCAACUCCCACCCCCAAAUGACAGAGAAUGUCUGCAACUUCCUUGGCAUCCCGGCCUGUGACCGCAUUCUCUCCAAGUUUUCUGGUGGCGAGAGCCGAUGCGAGAUCAAGGACUCUGUCCGUGGCAAGGACGUCUACAUUAUCCAGUCUGGCUCUGGCAAUGUCAACGACAACCUCAUCGACCUUUGCAUCAUGAUUUCGGCAUGCAAAAUUGGCUCUGCUAAGCGGGUGACCGCUGUGGUGCCUCUGUUCCCUUACUCGAGGCAGCCUGACUGGCCAUAUAACAAAGCCGGUGCCCCUCUGUCUAAGUCGUCCGAAUCAUCCAAGAAGGACUACACCUUCGAAAGCGUCCCUCCCACACCGCGGCCGGGCGGACCACGAAGUGUCGGACUCACAAACGGCGUCAACGGCCUUACAGAAAAGCUCUCCAAGAGCUCCAUUGCCGAGAAAAGCCCCCGAGAAGUUAAUGGCGACUCAUUGCCGAAGCGAUCAGAUACCGUUUCGAGCGUCGGUUCCAAUGGCCAUGGAGUAUACCCCGAUGUCUCACAACGAAGUUUUACGACUCACGAUUACGAGAACCCUACCAACAUCAACGGGUUCCAACCCAAACCUGGGUAUAAGCAAUGGGUUGCCCAGGCUGGCACUCUUGUUGCUGAUCUUCUUACUUGCGCUGGCGCCGAUCACAUCAUCACCAUGGACCUCCACGACCCUCAGUACCAAGGAUUUUUCGACAUCCCCGUCGAUAAUCUUUAUGGUAAAUUCCUUAUCCAAAACUACAUCCAGACCCAUAUACCCGAUUACAAGGAAGCCGUCAUCGUCUCGCCCGACGCAGGUGGUGCAAAGCGAGCUACUGCCAUUGCAGAUAGUCUCAACAUGGACUUUGCGCUGAUUCACAAGGAACGCCGUCCCAUCAAGUUUACAAACCAUCGCAAUGCCAGCAUGAUGCUUGUUGGUGACAUUGCCAGCCGCGUUUGUAUCUUGGUCGACGAUCUUGCCGAUACGGCCAACACCAUUACUCGCGCUGCUAAGCUGCUGAAGCGAGAGGGCGCAACUAGAGUUUACGCUCUCGUCACUCACGGCGUCUUCAGUGGAGAUGCCAUUGCCCGCGUCAAUGCCUCUGCGAUUGAUAGCAUCAUCGUGACCAACUCGGUCCCGCAGGAAGAGCAUCGUCGUCUGUGCCCCAAAUUGGAAGUGCUUGAUAUUUCGCCAGUGUUUGCUGAGGCUAUCCGCCGCGUCCACCAUGGAGAAUCUAUUAGCGCGCUUUUCCAAUACGUCUAA